UCCACGGGUUAGUGUGUGAAAUGCGGCGUCGGGAAUGUCCUUCUGCACCGUUACCCGAGCGGGAGUGCGAGUACGUGAUUGAGCUGGUUUUCUUUUGGUCUCACGUUUUCAACAACCGCCAUCUGAUUUUUGCUGUAAAUACUACAGCACUUCCUUAGUUUCAUGCAUUUCCGUGGGCGGCAGCUAUCGUAGCUCGGACGCUAUCAGUCUCGCUGGGGUGGCCAGGCUCGUUGACUUUGCUAGCGGGUGAAGAUGUGGACAGGACGCGGGGCGAGAUGACCGCUCACUGCCUACACGGGACACAAACGCAGCUUGUGAGUUAGCUGACGGCCAAACCAGCCAGACAGCUUCAUAAGGCCCCAGAAGCGAGAGCUCUCCUGCGAGCCUGCACACAUCCUCCUCUGGGGUCUCCGUUCCUUCACAGGGCUUCGCUCGCUGGUCGGAGUUGUUGGCACAGUUGCUCGUAUGUGGGACUGCGUUGAGCAGCGUGCUGUACAAGUGCUUGGCAUAGAAAUUCGGGUAACGAACAUGAUGCACCAGGGAAGCCUGACUCCGGAUCAGUUCUAACCCGCCGUUAUUAGUCCUGCAGCACUGAACUGAUCAAACUGAUCUUUGGUCAGUUUGAAAGCUGGGCCCACGAGCAGAGCCGUUGCCCUGGCUGCCUGCACCUGAUCCUGGAUCAGAGGGUGGGAAUCUGGAUGCAAAAGCCUGCGCUGUGUAGCACGGAGGGGUAGAGCUAAGAUGUCCGUUAGCAGAGCAGAGAGUAUGUCCAUCGUGCAGGCUUUGGCCAUGACCGUGGCCGAGAUACCCGUGUUCCUGUAUUCCACGUUUGGCCAGUCCAUUUUCUCUCAGCUGCGGUUGAGUCCGAGCUUGAAGAAGGUGCUGUUUGCCACGGCGCUGGGUAGCGUGGCCCUGGCGCUCACCGCCCACCACCUGAAGCGGCGCGGCAGGAAGCGGAAGCAGGUGGCAGACAAGUCUGAGCCGAAGCCCGGCGGUGUUCCCGAACAGCUGCUGCUGCGUGCGGGAAGACCGGCGUCAUUAAAGAAAGGUCCGUAUCUAGGACGACAGGUGGUGGGUCCGGGUACUGCCAGCAGUGACGUGAUGAGUGGAAUCUCCCUGGCUGCCAGCAAACACUCUUCCCACAGCAUCACUUCAGCACGACUCCCGCCCUCUCCCAACCAGUCAGCUAGUGGGGGCGGUCCUUGGGAGGCGGAGCCUGUGUCCGGGGAGGCUGGCGUAAUAGAAGACACGGAUGCGGAGAACCUUUACCUCAUGGGUAUGGAGCUGUUUGAAGAGGCGCUACAGAAGUGGGAGCAAGCUCUGAACAUCCGACACCAAGCACGGUCCGGCGCUUCUGCCAGUAACAGCCUCGCCCAGCAGGGGGUGUCACACAUGCCGGAAGGUCGCAAUCGGAAGCUUGCCGAAAAGCUUGAAUGUCUUCUGCACCGGGCGUAUCACCUGCAGGAAGACUUUGGGACCAGUAUCCCUCCUGAAAGCCUGCUCACAGAGCUGGAGAGUGAAGGGACGCUGAUCUUGCCCACUGUGGGGAGCUCUCGCAGGCCACAGGACGACGAUGCAACAACCAUCACCUCUGACAACUCCUUCUUUUCCGCAGCGGAGCUGUUUGACGUGUUCCCUGAGGACGAGGUGUAUCAGCCGAUAAAGUCAGCAGCUCUGUAUGAAGAGGCGUCGAGUUUAGUGAGGGAUGGAAAAAUAGCCUGCAGAACUCUCAGGACGGAUCUACUGGAGUGUUACAGUGAUCAAGACUUUCUGGCUAAGCUGCACUGCGUUCGACAGGCGUUCUAUGUACUGCUGUUAGAUGAGACGCACAGAGCCUUCUUUAUGGAGACUGGCAAACAGAUGAUCACUGGGCUCAUGAUCAAAGCCGGCAAGAGUCCGAAGGCGUUUUUGGAGAGCUAUCGGGACAUGUUGCUGUACACUCAGCGAGAGGAGACCUGGCCCAUCACCAAGAUGGAGCUUGAAGGACGAGGGGUGGUAUGUAUGAACUUCUUCGACAUCGUGCUAGACUUCAUUCUCAUGGACGCGUUUGAGGACCUGGAGUACCCUCCCACCUCCGUCGUAGCCGUCUUGCGGAACCGAUGGCUGUCGGAUAGUUUCAAAGAGACGGCAUUAGCUACGGCUUGUUGGUCAGUGUUGAAAGCAAAGAGAAGGUUACUGAUGGUUCCAGACGGGUUCAUAUCCCAUUUCUACACCAUCUCGGAGCACGUCAGUCCCGUGCUGGCGUUCGGCUUCCUGGGGCCCCGGCUGCACCUGACUGAGGUGUGCACCACCUUCAAGCUACAAAUAGUGCAGUACCUGAAGGACAUGUUUGACCAGGACAAGGUGCGCUUCACCUCAGCCCAGUCCCUGGCCGAGGACAUCCUCAGCUUGUCGCACAGGCGUGCGGACAUUCUCCUCGGCUACUUGGGCGCCAACAGCCUUCCGGAGACCAACGGCGUGGCGCUCUCUAGCCCGUGCCAGGCGGACGAUGCCCCCCGGCUGCCCACGGGACAGGAGGACUGAGCCGCCGCUGUGGUGGAGCUCCGGAACGUUCUAGAACGGCUCAGGCAAAAGGAGAUUACAACUGAGCUGUUUGAAGUUCCCCGGUUUCGUGCCGACUUUUAUGGAGAAAAAAAAAUCUAGAAUCAAUUCAGAUGGAAUUCUACAGGUGGAAUUCUUUUAAUUACUGAGAUUGAAAGGCCUAUUCUCAAUCAGUGGGAACGCUUUCAACAGUUACAAUUAGCAGACAGGAAACUACAUCACCAGAGAUUAUAAUUCACUUAAAAUAAAUGAGGAAAAUGACUGUACUGGAACACAUGGCAGUGGUUGAUCAGCCGCAUCCGAUCCUGGUUUGCCAUAACCAUGGAGACUAGCGGGUACCCAGCCGUGUUGUCUGUGUGUGUGGGUGUGGGUUGGGCACACUUUGGAAGCGUGUACUGAAUGGGAUUUUGUUGAGAUUAUCCCACUAUCCGGCCGGGUCUCCUGAGGGAGGCUGUGGAAUCUUUGCUGCUUUCUGUGGAACCUGAUUGACCCCGGGAGAACACCAGGAGGAAUCGUAACAACUCAAAUCCCAAAAAUAACACUGAACCCAGUUUGUUUUUGCUGCUCUCACUGUUUAUAUAUAAACUGUUACACAUGGUCCCAACCUGGCGCACGCUUACACAAACUUGUACACACCUUAAGUUAUGUUGAAUCUCUUUUUUUUUUUUUUUUUUUUUUUUUUGGCAGUCUUUGGGUAUUUGCAUACCAGUUGUGUGCAUUACUGCUUGAUUUAUGAAAGAUGAGAGAGAGAGAGAGAGAGAGAGAAUGAAUGAAUUAAUUAAUUAAUGAAUGAAUGAGUUUGGUCUCUUCGUGUUGCUUUCAUGGUUGGACUAUAAACCUCAGUGCCAGUCGUGAAUAAGCACUGGAAACUUGGGUCUGGAUUUAGACUUAAUCCAAGUCUGGGAAAUCGACCUUUUGGGUUUAAUCUAGUGCAUAGUUGAGUUGAGAUCAACCGGCUUUUAAAUUCAGAUCAACAAUGAUUUGAAAUGGAACCUUUUAGUGGCCAACCUGCGUGUCGUUUUUUCCUAAUCCGGGUUAUGUUAGCACUGUGGUUCCUAACCCAAGUCAUCUAUAAACGCUUAAAAUGGCUAACGCGAAUGAAAAACGGUGGAGGUAAAUUAGCGUCUCAUAAACUGGUUUAUGAUAACCGGUUGGUGCUGCUACCAGUUUCCAUCACUAUUAAUGCCGUUGGUUAGGAGAACCUACAGGAACCACACAGACAGGCUAACCUCUAGUAUAGGACUCCCGUAAUCCCCGUGGCACAUAUAAACCAUCGUUUAAGUCUUAAACUAGAAUGUAGGUGUAUAGUGUUUUUCUCUGGCCAGGAACUUCCAGGGUCGCUGUACUGACGGGUCAUGAAAUAUGGGAUUUGUAACAGAGAUUUGUGAAUUUAUGCCUUGCGCUCCACGUUUUGCCCCCAGUCCCACAAAACCUGUAAUCUGGUGGAUCUGCCUUCGUUUGCUGCUUUGCACUUUACUAUGAAAUGAGAGAGAUUUGUUUAUUGGGAGGUGGAGGUCUACCUUUUAAUCUUUUUAUGGCAGUUCAGAAUAGUCAGGUAUGCUGCGUCUAAAUCCUUGCCUGUGUUUUUAUUGAUGGGUUUGCACUAGUGAACUUGCCAUCGUUUAAGAGCAGCAGAAUGAGUGUAUGCACAGAAGGACUUCAUAAGGCAUGUGUUCACGGUUCCCCUGUGAACCAAGACAUUUGUCGUGUAUGAGAUUGCUGAAAUGUACCUUAAUCAGAACCAGAGGGAGGAGGUCCAGGGACUGCACUGCACACUACAGUAUUGUGUAUCUGUUUGCAUGUGCGUUUGUAGGCUACGAUUAGGACAUUUUCGAGCUGAAUCACGGGUAAGAUAAGUCUUGUCCUCCUGUGGGUAUAUUAGUAAAAUAGCUUUAUAGUGCAAGUUAACUGUAGAUCGGUGAUGUCCAUUUUUGAACUAAACAUAACAGAAAAAUCUCAUGAGUUCAACAAAGAGAAUUCUUUUUUUUCCUCAAAUGUACUAAUUGGCGCCAUCUCCUUCCGUUUGGCUCAGCAGCUAGUCCUAAAAUGAACUGUGAACUCCAUUUUUGUUUAUUUUAUUGGGAUCUUUUUCUCCCUUGCCAUUGCACCAGCAUUCACAGAGCGCGCGGGGUGAAGCGUCGUCACGCUGAGAUGAAGGAAUGCUUUGAUGUUGGGCGCGCCUGUGCGUGUUGUCCUAAGAUCAGGGCGGCGUCUUGACUGAUGGCUGUAGCAAAGCAAGCCGUAUUAUCUUAGCGAUUAUGGUUUUAAUGCUACAAAAGGGAAUUUUUAAAAACUAAACUGCGGGUGGGGGUGGUGGUGUCGAUCGGUGAGAAUCUGCUUGAAAUGAUAUCGGUGUCUCCCGUACUGUGUGUUAAUGCGUUAUGAAACAUCCGUGACAACCAGAACAGCUCAAAUUAUAACCUGUUCCUGGAAUGUCCGGUGGUAGCUGUUGAAUUCCAAAAGUCUGUAGUGGAGAUGGGAGAAAUCUUAUUGGGAUAUCAUUCCGACCUUAACGGUCAUCCAUUAAUGUGCCAUCAGAGGCAGACAGGUUCUCCAAACCAUGAAAGCACGUGUGUCCCCCAUCUGGUCAUCUGGUUGUACUUCUGUAACACAAAGAAAUUGGUUACAGUUGAGGAAGGGUUGUGAAAUCUGGUCAUGGUUUGAUUCUUUGCUUGUGCACGGCCUUGUUGUGAAUGUGUCUGUGUAUGUUAAACCUCACUGCUCUAGGAGAACGGCCAGCCUGUCACAGUGCUUUUCAGAAGCUUUUACUGUUAUUUUUCAUUGUGCAAAUGCCUUUCGAAAGUCAUUACUGUUUUUAAAAGUUUAAAAAUGUCACGAGAGUGCCCAUCAGAGCAGCUAGUGGAUCAGAAUUCGGUGUAGGCCAGCGUUUGCUGGGCAUUUUCACUGUAUAUAUUUUAAGGACUAUGGCAAUGUUUAAAUAUUUUCUUAUGUCAUAACAGAGUUAUAGCUUUAUCGUGUAGGCCCUAUUAAUGCUAACCAAGUGCUCUAAAUUGUGAAACAAACAAAAAAAAGUAUUAUUCUUGUUGUUGUUGUUGUUGUCUUGUAUACAAAAGUCUCCCACAGCCUUCGUAUGGUUAGAGUGUAGGUCAUGUACCAGCUGCAGGUUACCCACUGUGUUGUAACUGCAUCAAUUGCACUGGGCGUUUCUUUACAAAAUGACUGCUUUCUGAUUCAUGAAUGAGUUUUGGACUUUGGCAUGAGAUUGUCUAAACUGUAAAAGUUUGAAUCAUUUGUAUACGUGUGGCCAAACUGAAGGAACUAGAGCUGAUGUUGAGGUUGGACAAGAGGUCUUUUGUUCCUUACUUAGGAUUUUCCUCUGCCUGUAUUUUUUAAGAGUAAAAGUAAACACAAAUAGUAAUAGUACUUAUUUCCCAGCCAAACAUAAACAAUCUUCAUUUUU